AUGUGGGGAUCAAGUUCCCUUCACCAAGAAUCCAACGCCCAAUUCAGGCAGGAACUGAAGGCGCACGCAGGCGACGUUGACACAGUCCUGGUGCAGUUGCGCCGCGAGCGCUGUAGACGAUAUCUACACCCUGUUCCGAAAGUCCAUCUGCUCUGCGACCCGUCCAGCUUGGACGCUGGGCGUUCCGUUAUCCGGUGUUCCCGGCUACAUCCAGGCGAUAUACAGGGCAGCGGUUCUCUGUAUGAAUUCGUCUCUCCCCCUCUGAACCCCGUUGUCUUGCAAGAACUGCGAGACCGCAGGCUUGCCCGAGAACUGCAAUGGGAAGACGAAAUGCUGCGAAGGCGCACAACCACCAUGCAGGUUAGGAUGAUUCUCUCAGCUUCCCGUGGUAUGGUUUUGACUCAAGUCCGCAAGCUUUCCCCCGCGUCUCGCGAGCCCACUUCGGCACCUCUCCAUCGACGUGCUUCCCCGUAUCCGCUUGCAUCUGCGGCGUCGCGUGCUGCAAGAGUUACGCAGCCUGCCAUCUCUUCGGCCGUGAAAACCCAUGAUCCAUUGCUCGCAGGUGUAUGGCGCGGCUUCGGCAGUUCGGGGACGUCUAGGACACUUCUGCAAGCAAUACCCAGCUCUUCCCGAGCGGCUGGACAUCUUCACGCCGAAACCGUUGACGUUGGACGUCUGAAUACCCGCUCGCGAAGCCCAAGCAUCGAGAUCAUAGAACCUGAGAUGCUUAGCCUCUGGUUCUUCAUAGAAGACCGCAAACCUCCACUGCUCCUACGGUUUCCCUCACCAGUGGCGAAAGGCGCUUCGUUCAGUUUGGCGCCUUUCAGCCAUGAAUGGGAUAAAGUUGGGGUCAAGUCUGGAGACGUCGUGAAACUUUUGACGUUGUCCAGUGAGCGGCUCCCCAUAUGGGCGCCCGUUCUUUUGACCGACCUCAUACUUCCCGUCGGCCCGAAGACUGUCGUCGCCGCGCAUAUCCGGGUGAGGGUAUUUCAUCCACGACUUGACGAGUUCCGGAAUCUAGCUGUGGUUGGCUUUCGUAGGUUACAUGAUCAUAACAUUCCCAAGAUGAAGCGCUGA